CUGAACGUUCUUUCGUUUUCUCCCUUUAGCGGUGAAGGUGCAACAGUAAUCGGUCGUCCCGAGCCCGGGUUCAUCCGACACCCUCACCAAGCUGAACUGAGCUCAACCUACGCUGCAGCAACAUGCCUCCCAAAUUCGAUCCCACCGAGAUUAAAGUUGUGUACAUGAGGUGCACAGGAGGAGAAGUCGGUGCCACAUCAGCCCUGGCCCCCAAAAUUGGACCUCUGGGUCUGUCUCCCAAGAAAGUGGGUGAUGACAUUGCCAAGGCCACCGGUGACUGGAAGGGCCUGAGGAUCACUGUGAAGCUGACCAUCCAGAACAGGCAGGCAGCGGUCGAGGUUGUUCCCUCUGCAUCUGCUCUGAUCAUCAAGGCUCUGAAGGAGCCUCCUCGUGACCGGAAGAAGGUCAAGAACAUCAAGCACAGUGGAAGUGUGACCUUCGAUGAGAUUGUGACCGUCGCUCGCACCAUGAGGGCUCGCUCCAUCGCCAGAGAGCUCUCUGGAACCAUCAAAGAGAUCCUGGGUACCGCUCAGUCGGUCGGCUGCACCAUUGACGGUCGUCCUCCCCAUGAUGUCAUUGAUGACAUAAACAGCGGCAAAGUAGAGUGUCCAUCUGAUUAAAUGAGCGGCACAAAUAAAACAUUGGAAAACUGGA